UCAACUCUAAUUUGGCAGCUGUCCACUUCUCUGCUCUCUUUUCAAAAAUCUCGAAGUCUAACGAUGCUGUCCCUUUCUCAUUAACUCGUGUACGCGCCGCAUCGCAUCGCACCGCACCCCAACAACUCCAAACAAACAAAAAAGCAAGACCCCUUACCGAGGAUGAUGUUUGGAAACGCCAUAGCCGUAGCUCGGACAUUCAUGGCGUCGCCGUCGUCGCCCAAGGACAUCGUCUUCGAACCCGAUGACAUCCCUUUAGGCUCCUUUGAGUGGUUCUUCUUUGCGGGAAUUUCCUGCUUGCUCGUGCUUUUUGCCGGCAUAAUGUCCGGUCUUACCUUGGGCUUGAUGUCUCUGAGUCUCGUUGACCUUGAAAUUCUACAGAGAAGCGGAACUAUCACCGAGGAGAAACAAGCUGCUGUUAUCUUACCAGUUGUUAAAAAGCAGCAUCAGCUUCUGGUAACUUUGCUUCUGUGUAAUGCUUGUGCCAUGGAGGCUCUUCCUAUAACCCUUGAUAAAAUGUUUCACCCCUUGGUUGCAGUCUUCCUGUCUGUUACUUUUGUUCUGGUUUUUGGAGAGAUAAUUCCACAAGCAGUAUGUUCAAGAUACGGACUCGCUAUUGGUGCAAACUUUGUGUGGCUCGUGCGUAUUUUGAUGAUCAUUUGCUAUCCCAUUGCUUACCCUAUUGCAAAGGUUUUGGAUGCUGUGAUCGGUCAUGGUGACGCAUUGUUUAGACGUGCUCAAUUAAAAGCUCUUGUCUCCAUCCACAGCCAAGAGGCUGGCAAAGGUGGUGAACUAACACAUGAUGAGGCAACCAUCAUUAGUGGUGCACUGGAUUUAACUGAAAAGACUGCAGAGGAAGCUAUGACACCUAUUGAAUCAACAUUUUCCUUGGAUGUUAAUUCGAAAUUGGAUUGGGAAUCAGUUGGAAAAAUUCUUGCACGUGGUCAUAGUCGUAUCCCUGUCUAUGCUGGGAAUCCAAAAAAUAUCAUCGGCUUGUUACUGGUGAAAAGUCUUCUCACAGUACGUCCGGAGACUGAGACACCAGUUAGUGCUGUUUCCAUUCGCAGAAUUCCUAGGGUUCCAGCACAUAUGCCUUUGUAUGAAAUCCUCAAUGAAUUUCAAAAGGGAAGCAGUCAUUUGGCAGCUGUAGUGAAGGUUAAAGGAAAGACCGAAGACCCUCAAUUCUUUGACAAAGGAGAGAAAUUUGAUGAGCAUAGAAUUAUCAAUGGGAAUUCUCAACUAACAACCCCUUUGCUGACCAAAUAUUACAGUAAAGCACAUACUGUUAUUGAUGUUGAGAAACUUAGGCCUAUCAUGGUCAAGACAACUCAUCUACCUAAUGGUGUCACAACCGAUACCUUGCAACAGUUUUCAGAGGAUACCGAAGAUGGGGAAGUCAUUGGUAUUAUUACCCUAGAAGAUGUUUUCGAAGAACUUCUCCAAGAGGAAAUUGUUGAUGAGACUGAUGUAUAUAUUGAUGUACAUAAAAGGAUUCGAGUGGCUGCCGCUGCAGCUGCUUCUUCUGUUGCACGUGCCCCAUCCAGUCGUAGAUUGAUUGCUCAAAAGCCUUUAGGUAUUCUGGGCAAGCAGGGACAAAUGACAAAGAAAUCUAUGGAUGAUUCACAAACAGGAAGAUCUUAGGCAAAGCCCAACCAUCUUAGCCAUGCCAUAACCAAAUACGUGCAUCUUACUCUCCUUGUGUAUUUUAAAUUCUCGUAUUAGGUUGGGUAUAUUGCAGCUUUGUGCAUCUAGUUCAAAGUUAGAAAAUUAGGCAUGUCUACUG